AGAUGAGUGACUAAUCCUUCAUUUAGCUCUUGUUCGUAAGAAAGCUAGUGUUCCUAAGAAGGAAAUGGGCCUCUCGAGGGAUGGAGAUGGCAAACAGAGGCAUGGAGGGACUAGAGCUGCUUUAUUUGUCUAUGCCAUGGAGGGGCUUGAGAACAUGUCCUUUGUUUCAAAUGCUGUCAGCUUGGUCAUAUACUUCUUCGGCUACAUGAACUUUGGACUGACGAAGUCAGCCACCACCCUCACCAACUUCAUGGGGACGUCCUUUCUGCUGACCCUCCUUGGGGGAUUCAUAUCGGAUACCUACUUGUCCAGAUUUAAGACCUGUGUUAUCUUUGGAUGCAUUGAGUUGCUGGGAUACGUUCUGUUGACGCUCCAAGCCAGCUUCCCAUCGUGGCGACCAGCGCCAUGCCACGGCCAGAUCACCAACCAGUGCGAGCAGGCCGAGGGAGGCCAAGCUGCCAUACUCUACGCGGGGCUCUACAUGGUGGCGCUGGGGACGAGCGGGGUGAAGGCGGCGCUGCCGGCGCUGGGGGCUGACCAGUUCGACGAGAACGACCCCAGAGAGCUCCCUGCGCUCUCGAGCUUCUUCAACUGGUUUCUCUUCAGCCUCACCGUGGGGGCGGCGGUGGGGGUGACGCUGGUGGUGUGGAUCAGCACCAACCAGGGCUGGGACUGGGGCUUCGGCGUCUGCGCCGUCUCCAUCCUAUUCGCCGUCGUCUUCCUCUCCAUGGGCCGCUCCUCCUUCCGGAACAACGUCCCUGGAGGCAGCGCCCUCACGCGGAUCCUUCAGGUGUUGGUGGCCUCCGCGCGGAACUGGAGACGACCUGUACCAGCCAUGAUCGACGAGCUGCACGAAGUCGAUGACAAAGAAGCCGCCCCCAACACGGAACUCCUCCAAAGAACCGACCAGUUCAGAUUCUUAGACCGCGCCGCCAUCACGACAAACCCUGAUGGCACCCCGUACUCGACGACCCCCAGCUCAUGGCGGAUGUGCACGGUGACCCAAGUAGAGGAGACCAAGAUCCUCCUCCGAAUGGUGCCCAUAAUCCUCAGCACGGUGUGCAUGAACAUUUGCCUGGCUCAGCUCCAGACCUUCUCCGUCCAGCAAGGCACCACCAUGGACACCCGCAUCGCCGCCCACUUCCGCAUCCCCUCCGCCUCCCUCCCCAUCAUCCCCCUCCUUUUCAUGAUGCUCCUCAUCCCCAUCUACGACCGCUUCUUCGUCCCCCUCGCCCGCCGCCUCACCGGCAUCCCCACCGGCAUCCGCCACCUCCAGCGAAUUGGCGUCGGCCUCGUCCUCUCCGCCAUCUCCAUGGCCGUCGCCGGUUUCAUCGAAAGACGGCGUAAGUCCGUAGCCGUUGAGCAUGGUUUGGUCGACUCGGCCGCACCGCUGCCGAUAAGCGUUUUCUGGCUAUCGUUUCAGUAUGGAAUCUUCGGCGCCGCGGACAUGUUUACGUUGGUGGGGCUGCUGGAGUUCUUCUACGCGGAGAGCUCCGCGGGGAUGAAGUCUUUGUCCACGGCGAUCUCAUGGUGUUCCCUGGGGUUGGGGUACUUUGGGAGCUCGGUGACGGUGGAGGUGGUGAACAAAGUGAGUGGGGGGUGGUUGGCGGAGAAUAAUUUGAACAGGGAUAGGUUGGAUUACUUCUACUGGCUCUUGGCUGGUCUCAGUGCGGUGAACUUUGGGGUAUACCUGGUUUGCGCGUCUUGGUAUAGGUACAAGAAGGUGGAGAUGAAAAGCUUGGAGAAGGUUGAGGAGAAGGAAGUCACUGGAUUUUGAUUGAGUUUUAUGUACGAGUAAUUGAUGUUCCAAGCUGUGAUGUAUGUUCUAUUUCGACUUAUGUAUGAUAUA